AUGAUACCUCUAAAGUACUCGUUCUUUUUCAUCUUGGUUUCAUAUAUCCCCACAGUCUUAUCCCUUCCUUUCAACCAAACCGAGACUUACGUACCAAAUCCUAGUGGGCGCGGUACAAUUGGACUUCUCUGGAGCUGUACUGUUACUCUCGGCCUGUGCGUAUGGACGGCAAUGUAUCCCAAUAUCGUUCCGAUCAGGGAUCGCUGGUCCAGGACGUACUAUAAGCUUGCAUGGCUAUACCUUGCUGCUGUAGUCCCGGAGUUUAUAGUAUACUCUGCUGUUACUCAGCUCUUGCGUGCUCGACAAGUGCACCGGAGAUGGCGGGAUGUUUUCAACGACAAUCCAGAUAUGCAGCAAUGGAUGGGAAUGUCUGGGGCGUUUUUUGUCGUUAUGGGGGGUUAUGUGGUGGAAGCGAAAAGUACACCCAACGAAACAAACACACCGAUGACCUAUAAUUCGAAUACUGAGACCAGUGAACGAGACAAGCUCGUAACAACUAUUUCUCCGACCGGUUUCGAAAAGCUACUAUGUCACGUGGAUUUUAAAGAGCUUAUUAAGAGUGAAAAGCUUACUGAAGCACUCAGUCGCCGUAAUAUCGAAGACAAAAGCAAAGCCAGUAGCAUUGCGAAAUUACUUGUUUCUCUUCAAAUCUUGUGGAUGGUUGUGCAGUGCGUGGGACGAAAGACUGCCGGCUUGCCGGUAACACCGCUUGAGCUUCACGUCCUGAUCCAAAUCUGCUAUACGGUCGUGACAUACUACUGUUGGGGGGUCCGGUAG